GUUGCAGUUGUGACAAGAUGAGAAGGAAAACCAGAACAAAAGGCGAUGAUUGAACACAAAUUAUUCAACAUUUCUCUGUUUUUGUUGCUUCUUUAUUCAGGAGCACUUAGUGGAGAUCUUUCGCUCACCUUCAUUGUCAGAGAUGGAGAUAAAGUCACUUUGCCUUGUCAAAAUCGGAUCAACAAUCAUCACAACUGUCACACUACCACCUGGCUCUUCACUGAUUCAAGAAGCACAGCAGCAGUAGAGCUGGUUAAUCAUGGACAGAUCAAAGAAACAGCCAAAUCAGACAGACUGAGUGUUACAGCAGAAUGCUCACUGGUUAUAAAGAAGGUCACAGCUGAGGAUGUUGGUCGUUACACCUGCAGACAGUUUAGAGGCAAUCCAGGGACACAGCAAGGUCCAGAUGCUGUGGUUCAUCUGUCUGUUGUCGUCAUGACUGAAAAGAAGAACGCUGAUAAAGUAACUUUAAGCUGCUCUGUGUCGACAUUUGAUCGGUGUAGACACAAAGUGAAGUGGAUUCAUAACAGAAGAGCUCUGGAUAGAGAUUACUCAAAUUUAAAAACAUCACAGUCUUCCUGCUCUGCAACUGUGACUUUCUUGAAUCUUACAUAUGGUCACAUAUCAAGUUCUGACUUUAAGUGUAGCUUAAAAAGAACAGAAAAUAACAAAGAGCAGCUUUUUACCUUCAGCCAUCAUUCAUCAGGUGAAGAAACAAAUACAGCAACAACAGUCAAAUUAGACACAAUGACUACAAUAAAAGAGCUGGAAAUCAUGGAUGGUUCAACAAACUUACCAGAAAUAAAUGCAGCAGCAACAAUUAAAUUGGAAAUGAUGACUGAAUCUGGCAUUAAAGGAGGUCUGACAACAAAACAGCUGGAAAUCAUGAAUAGUUUGAGAAAAUUACCAGACUGGUCCUGGUACAGGCUCGCCAUUGUGGCCCUGGGUUUAGUAGCACUUAUAGCAGCUGUUGUUGUCGUCAGCAUCUGGAUAAGAGCUGGGAAAAAAGCACAGAUGGAUGAAAACAUGGAACAGAAUUUAAACUCUGCAGUAACUUCAUCUGCUCCGGGAACCAAUCAGGAAUCUGUGAGAUCAAACAGUUACUCACCACAUGUAUUUGUUGAAUCUGCAUUUUAUACAUUACUGAGCAGUCUUUAUGUUGUCUUCACUGUGCAGGCUGAUGUCCAAGAUGUUGUUCUCUACGCCUCCCUCAGCUACACUGAGACCACCUACAGCUGUCCAGGUCUUCAGGUUCCCCAUAAAGACGACGAAGAAGGUGAAGCUGUGACCUACAUUAUAUGUCCAGUCUCUUCUCCUGGACCCGCUCCCAUCAACCUCUAUGCUAGCAUCAACAAACCAAAAAACUAAAACACAGAAAAAACACACAGAAUCUCUUUUUAUUUGAUAACUUCUUUCUUUCUUUCCAUUCUUGUGUAAUGAAAGAGGGUUUCUGUUUGGCUAAAGUUCCCAGGAUUUAACUACAGUGAUAAUGUAAUCUGUAUUUUAAUUAUUAAUUUCUAACACAGAAUGUUGCACUAUAUUUUUUCAUAGAUUGUUUAUUGCUUUAUGUGUUUGUAUAUCUGCAGAUUAGGCCUGACGAUUUUAUGAUAUUAAAAAGUGUUUUUACAUUAUGUAAAAUCCCAAGCAGCUAAUAAAGGCUCCAGCACAUGA